GCCAUUCACAACAUCCUCCGAGCCACCACAGAGAGCGGCGUGGCCGACUGGUCGCAGGUCGUGACACACAACGGGGCCGAGCCGGGCCGCGCUAUUAAUAGCCGGGGAGGAGGAGGAGGGGGAGGAGGCACGGAGAAAAGAGUGGGAGGAGGAGGACAAGGGGAGGAGACGAGUCCCAUGAAAUACUUCUCCAAAGACCUGCUGGGUAAGCUGUCGGGGGUGGUGAAGACAAAGUCGGCCGAGAUGAAGGAGAAACUGUCCAACUACAUCAAGAACGAGGGCUUGUCCGAUAGACACACACACACA